AUGCCUCCGUCGUAUGUCUCGUUGGCGCAAAGAGCCGAGGAAGGGGCGCCCCAUCUGGCCCAGCGCAGCCUUACAGUCAACCACACACAGGCGAUCACACUUGGAGUAAUGGCGGUCUAUGUAGUGGCCAUCGCGCUCCUAUGGAACCUGCCAUAUGUGCGCUACACACUAUGGCCCUUCAAGAUGCUGGUCAUCGCAUUUCAUGAAUUCGGGCACGCCAUCACUGCAUGCUGUACAGGCGGAAAGGUUAAAUCAAUCUCACUCGAUCCGCAUGAGGGAGGCGUCACCCAUAUGCAGGGCGGGCUCAGCGCCGUGACGCUCCCUGCGGGAUACUUGGGCUCUUCCAUCAUCGGCGCUCUCUUGAUCUUUGCAGGUUUUGAUAUCGUCGCCAGCAAAAUUGCGAGCAUCGUACUUGGGGUCUGCUUUCUUCUGACACUUUGGUGGGCUCGCAAGGACUGGUUGACCAUCGUGACCAUUAUCCUGGCAGUCGGGUUGUUGGUGGCAUGCUGGUUCAUUGCCCAUGGGGAGGCCUUGAGAUGGGUCGUGCUUUUCAUUGGCGUCAUGUCUGGCCUCUACAGUGUGUGGGAUAUUUGUGACGAUCUGAUCCUUCGAAAGGUGAACACAUCCGAUGCCAGUGUUUUCGCCCGUAAAUAUGGAGGCUCAUCGCAGUGCUGGGGUGUGACCUGGUCCCUCAUCUCGCUGGUGGUCAUGGCCCUGGGCAUCAUUGGUGGGAUCGCAGCUUUUCCCGAGUCAUUCAGUCAGCAAGAGACGGAUUCGAAGCACUUUAUUCCCACUCGUUGA